AUGGACUUAAAAUUUCGACCGCAUGCUUCCGCUCACGCCCCAGCACUACUCUCUACCGACAGAACCACAGGGAGGCCCACUCUCAUCGGUGGUGUCUCUAUCUUAUCUUUCAAUAGGGCUAUCUCGUUGUCCUCCCCACUCCCCUCCGCAGAUGGCAGACUUAUCACUGUCCAACUCAACUAUCUCCGUGAGCAAUUUCGCCUUAUCGCCAUAUACGCCCCCACACAGUUUUACGAGCGCCGGAUGUGGUGGACCACCACACUCGUCCCGGCACUUGAAGCCCCGACCGCUGCCGCUGCAUCCAUGCUUGUCGGAGACUUCAAUUCGGUAGUCCUUCCCAUCGACAGAAAUCGCCCUCCCAAAGACUUCGAGGUCCUCUUCCCAUCCACCCCUUCCCCGGACUCCUGGGACAGAUGGAAGCUCGACCUCACCCUCAACCUCAAACGCUUUUCCAACCAGGAGAGACGCCGCGUCGAUGGCACGAUCGCACAUCUGGAACAGACCAUUGGCUCCCUACAGCGACAUGCAGCGUACACGCCCCUGACUCAGGCCGAGUCCAACCGCCUUGACCAAGCAAGACUCCAUCUGGCCAAGUAUGAAGCCGCGAAAGCCUCUGAGAUUGCGCUCAAGGCCAAGCUCAAAGUGGAAGGGCACAAAGAAAUGGGAGUUUCCUCUCUUCUCUCUGGCUCGAAUCAAAGGCUCAAAGGCUCGAUCAUCAGUUCGCUGACCCUACCUAACGGACAGACGACGUCGGAACUCCCCACCAUGACCAACAUCGCCCCCCUUUCCCUAGUUGAAAUUGGAAAAGCGCUACUAUCUCUGUCCCGAGGGAAAACCCCCGGCCCAGACGGCCUUCCCGGGGAACUCUUUCGGCAAUUUUCCCCGCGAUUUGCACCGGCCUUCCACUCCCUGCUCUCCCCACUACAGCCACUCUCUCGCCUACCUCCGUCCAUGCUGACCGGACGUACUGUCCUUAUUCCAAAAAGGGGUGAUUCCUCGCUGGUAGAGAAUCUCCGCCCCAUCACCUGCAUGAACGCCGAUUACAAAGUCCUCGCUCUAUGUCUGGCUAACCGCCUUCAACUCGUUCUCCCCCAGGUCAUCCACCCAUCACAAACCGCCUUCAUCAAAAACAGGAAAAUCGGAGAUACAAUCAACGAUACCCUUGACAUUAUGGAUUGGGCGGCCUUCUCCUCGGCCCCUCUUCUCGCUCUUACGGUGGACUUUCGGAAGGCCUAUGACCUCGUCGACCGACCUUUCCUCCUCCAAGCCUUAGCGGUCCUCGGUCUCCCUGCAUCCUUCAUCCAUUGGGUACGACUAACGCACUCCGACACGAGCACACGAAUCUCGGUCAACAACAUGCUCGGCCCCACCUUCCCCGUUCGUACGGGAGUCCGACAGGGCUGCCCUUUGGCGCCUUUACUUUUCGUUUGCGUCAUCGAGAUCUUCCACCGCUAUAUGACCCUCUUCCUCCCCGGCUUCGCCCUGUCCCCAGCCCAACGCCGACUAAUGGCAUGCUACGCGGACGAUGUAACUCUCUUCCUCAACUCUGACACAGAGCUCGGCCUCGCAGUGUUGCUCCUAGGCGUUUUUGGAUCCGUGUCUGGGGAGGUCCCCAACUGGAACAAAUGCUCCAUUAUUCCUAUCAACAUCCCCCCCACUGACCUUGUGCACACCGGGCCUAUUCCCGUUCGUGCCCCCGAUGAAGCAGAACGCAUUCUCGGAAUUUAUGUAGAGCGAUUACACCCCGGAUCCACUACCUGGACUAUGGCCCUUGCUCGCAUACAAAACACUGCCAAAUUCCUGGCGGUCUUGCAUGCCACGGUCACGUGCCGCAAAUCUCUCUCCUCUAUCUUUUUGAACUCUGUCAUCUCCUAUCCUGGACGCUUCCAACCAGCUCCACCGGACACCAUCAAACGCCUAGACAUAUCAGUCGGGAAUUUCCUCUCGUCCUCCAAACAUAAACAGGACGGCCUCGCACAACGAUUCCUCCCCAAUGGCCUCCUAUACAACUCUCCCCGAGAUGGCGGGGUUGGAGCGAUCGCCCCUUCUACACAGGUCAAAGCCCUCGCUAUCCAGCGUGCAUUGCGCAGAUUUGGACCCACACCGUCCGAAGAAGUUGCGCGUACCCUGACCCCGUUCCCCUAUGGGCUACACGGUCUGCUCUCCCAUAAAGCCAUCCUCGAACGAGGCUAUCUCCCCACCUUCAUCCCCCCCCGGGCGCUGGACGAACUAAAAGCUAUCCUCUUCGUUCCCCUGGUAAUCCAUGCCCCCCCCCUACGCAUGCAGUGCAUCCUCACCGAACCUCUCGCCAUCAACCGCUCGCUCCUCAAACCUGACAAUCGGCCUUUCGGCACCCGCCAACACGAGCGCUUCCUGCUUAUAAGGCAGCUCCGCGUCGGACACAUUGUCCGAGUCACCAACCUUGGCGUGAACCCCAUCUCAACACAAGAGUUUUGCUCCCAACUCCCAGAGGAAUUCCACGAUGACGCAACCAGCAUCCUCCCUGUUCUCAUCAAAGCUAUCAAACGUCCCUGGUGGGCUGCCCUCCGAACCCCACACGCCUCCUCUGCCUCCCCAGGUGACUGGUUCAUGCUUUCCAACGACCACUAUUCCAUCUCGCACCUAGUCGUCCAAGUCGUCGCAUACAUUCCCCCCUCCUCCGUCUCGGCUACCGUCCACCUCGUAUAG